CAUCCGUGGCGAUUCGUGCCCAAAGCAGUUUUUCUCGUACAGUCGAGUUCUAUGGGCUACAUAACACACACACACACACACACCCCUACUGCAACUUCUGAGCAGCGUUUUUUAAUCGUCAUUCAAUAACUAGAUUGGAUUGUGUGACAAAAUCGACAGGAAGAAUCGCUAAUAACCAUCUCGCGGUAAAUGUUAAGCAAACAAGAUGAUUGGAUCAUUUCUGUCCAGAACCCUUCUUAUGAUUUUUGGUUAUGCCUAUCCGGCUUAUGAGUGUUUUAAAGUAGCGGAGAACAACAGGACUGAUAUUGUGCAAGUCCUGUUUUGGUGCCGGUACUGGAUUUUAGUUGCAAUGCUUACAGUUUGUGAGAGGGUAGGGGAUCAUCUAAUCUUUUGGCUGCCUAUGUACAGUGAAGCAAAGCUGGCAUUCUUUAUAUAUCUUUGGCAUCCGAAAACGAAAGGAACGGAAUAUGUUUAUGAUUGUUUUUUCCGGCCUUUCGUGGCAAAACACGAGACUGAGAUCGAUCGUAAUUUGUUGGAGAUGAGGGUGCAGGCUAAGGAGAUUGCCCUUAUUUAUUGGCAGAAGGCAGCAGCUUAUGGGCAGACGAAGUUUUUUGAAAUUUUGCAGGGUGUUUCUUCUCAGUCAGCAUCAAUGCCUCGUUCUGAUCAGCAGCAAGAUGAGCUAAAUGCCAAAAAUGGAGAACCUAAGGCAUCCAGUUCAAUUAGCGAGGCUACAACAGAAAAACAGCCCAAAGAACCUGACCAGUUACAUUCAUCUAGUAGUGCUUCUUUGUCCCAGCAGUCACACGAGCCGGCAAGUGAAUUGGAAGAACAGCCAGGUGUACCGAUGCAAUCCUUGGAGGAUGGAGAUAUAAAUUCCCCACGGCAAGAAACUGUUCCAAAGGAAUCUGUCCAGCUAAAACAUGGAAGAUGGAAACUAUUCCAGAGCCCGCAAAAACCGUCAAAUUCCUAGUUGCUUAAUUACCUUCACGUAAAUACUGGAUAUCCUGUGCUGGUGCAAAUUUUGCUAGCCUCAUCUGUUCCCGUUGCGUAAAUCUUAGACAUAAACAUUAACUUGUCAUGGUAGAUAGAACAUGCUAGGAGAAAUGUAGACCGAAGUUAGGUUUGAGGUGAGUGUGGCAGCAUCAGGUAUAUUGCUGCGUGCUUGGAGGGAACUUGCAAUUGCAUGACUAAUUAAAGGAUAUUAAUUUAAGACCAUGGC